AUUCAUCGUCCUCGGCCUUUGGAUGUUCUUGAGAAAGUUGGAAAAUCGCAUAAGUCGUUUAGAAGAAUGGCCAUUUGAUUGUGACUACCCCUUCUGGAACUUUCGGCGCUAGAAUCAGGAACCACGCACUUGGAGCAAUUUCGCUUUGUCUACAUUGCGAAUCUCCUUCUCUCACACUUGUGAGGUUGUUUAGCAUAGGCGUUCUCUUUAAGUGGCUGGAAUUUCCUUCAGAAGUAUUAACCUUAGGCUUGACUUUUCUCGAAACCCCGAAACCGAAGCCCACCUUGGCAGGGAGGAUCUGUUACCACGCUCAUUCACAGAUGUUGUCUCGGUUAGCGAGGGCAAAACAUCGAAUUUGAGUCCCCGUUCAUGAUUUGGAACAAUGCAUGCCAAAAUUCUGACUAUUACACAUCCAGUCUAGAACGUACACUUAUACGAUAUGAGUUCUUCUAACGCUGUGGCGGGACCUAGCAACGGCACAUCCGAGACGAUAAGUGUGAAGUCGUCGGCACCAAGUGGACCCCCACCAUCAUAUUCAAAGCACCAAAACGAUGAGCUCCUGCUGUCGAAUGUGAACUUGGCCUCCAGGAGGCGAGCGGCGGUAGCUCCUCGGUCGCCGAGGUUGCGUGCUGAUCCCUCACCUGUAUUACAAGUACUAGCCGCGCCUCGCGAACUUACUUUGACCCUAGACAACGGAUUAAUAUACCCUCCUCCCCCAUCAAAUGCCCUUUACUAUCUCCCACGCGUUCUUUCGUGGUCUGGAAACGAGAUCUUCCUAUUCCGCAGCCUCCCAGGAUCGACGACGAGCCAAAAUUUACUGCCCCCACGAGAAUUAGCCCUGUACACAAUGCGUCGAACACUGUUCACGCAUGAAGUUGCGCUAAUGCCGCGGAGAGAGGGACUGAAGGCGGCCGUCAUGCGUGGUAGAUGGAGUUUCUUCGAUGGCAUGGUAUGGAACAUUGAAGUGAAAUCACAGGUAAUUCUCAGGUACGCCAAAGGGAAGUGGAAGAAUACCAGAGGCCAAAUUGUGGCCGAGGAGUCUCAAGAAACGGGGCAUGGCGCUGUGCUGACAAUCGUUGGGACGGAUCUUGAGGUUAACAUGAAGGAUCUAAUAGUUGCCUCGUGGACAACGAGACUGUGGCAAAGUCCCGGCCGGGCUAGUCUGACGAGAACGCUGCUCCAGAACUUAAGUGGUUCAAAGGCAUCACGAACUGCAACACUAAUGCGGUGGCGGACAUUCAGGGACGGAUGAUCCAAGUUGCAGGUUGGCACUGCCUUUUGCACGGCUCCGCAGCCAACUUUUUCAACCGGCGCGUGGCCAGAUAUGCUGGAGCAAUGCAGAUAAUGCUCUUUGAAAAAAGAACAGACUUUCUGGGCAGGAAUGCCUUAGCCAAACCUGAUAUUACCUGCGAUCUUCCUUUAGCGUAAGCGGAUAACGCACGCAUGUCGUCGACCUGAACACUUAAUGCCUCGCAAAAGUGUGGCUCCCACAAGUUCCCAUACAUGAUCGUCAAUUUUUGCUGACCUCGACAGCGUCC